UUUCGGACAAGAUCUCGUUAAUUAUACUUAAUCAAAGUGUACUUAUUUAUCUCCAACUUACAUAUUUGACUCUGUAAAACCCACCACACACUCACUCACUCACUCUCACACACCUAUACUUUAUCUCUUUAAAUAUAUAUACGCAUUUCUCCAUAUCAACCCUACACCUCCGUUGAGAUCUUUCCUUUCACAUGGCUGAUAAUGCCCAAGUAGUACCCAUCGAGGAACCAGCCGCAACCGUCACUGCUACAGAAACGACAACUACAACAACGACCGAGCCAGAAGCCAAGAGCUCUGACCAAAUGGAGUCACAGACUGAUAAUAAGCCACCCGUUGGAACAUUGGUUACACUUGUCAACAUUUUAGCCGCUGGUGUCCUUCCGAUCUUCACUUUCGUCCUCUCGCUUACACUUCUCGGCUACGCCGUGUGGCUCCUUUACAUGCGUAGCUACGACUGCGAAGAUAUCCUCGGUCUGCCACGUGUCCAGACGCUAGCUAGCGUCGGCCUCCUUGCGGUGUUCGUUGUUAGCAAUGCGGCUCUGUUCCUACGGCGGAAGUUUCCGAUGCCAGCACUUGUGGUGAUGGUGGUGAUCUUGUUGUUGAUGCUUUUCAUCGGUUUGGCGUAUGCGGGAGUCAAUGAGAUGCAGAGCCGGCGGUUUUCAGCGACAAGGACGUGGUUCAACCUCAAAGUCAUGGACGAUGUGAACUGGAACAAUAUCAAAUCUUGUGUCUACGAUAAGGGAGCUUGUAACGACCUCAUUUACGGAACUCCAAAUGAAAAACAUUACAAUAGAAGAAAAAUGCCACCCAUCAAGAAUGGAUGUUGUAUGCCGCCGGAGACAUGUAACAUGGAUUCGUUAAACGCAACGUUUUGGUACAGAAGAAAAGACGAAGGGCCACCGUUAAAGACGACGGUGAUGUACGAUGGAUACGGUGAUGAGAUGCUGGUCGGAAGGAUAAGUGACUGUCAGCUGUGGAGGAACGAUUGGAGCGUGUUGUGCUAUGAUUGUAGGUCUUGCAAAAUCGGAUUCGUAAGGUCGGUAAGGAGGAAAUGGUGGCAGCUUGGUAUCUUCUUGAUCGUCAUCUCCAUAUUUCUUCUCAUCUCUCAUCUCUUGAUCUUCUUGGCCACUUUUUGGGAACGAUUCAAAGGUUAGUCAGAUCAUGAAGAAGGUCUAUUCUGAUUAGGUUAAAUUAAAAUAAUAAUCUCUUCCUUAUGCAUUCGUUUUAGUACUCAAGCAGAUGUUUCUUUUGAGCAAAUUUUUAGCUCUUCUUCCUCUUUUCUCUUUUGUUAUCGUCGGUUUCAU